CUUCUCCCACAGUUUCUCGCGCAUUGUCUUACGGUUCUCACGCGUCUGACGCUGUUCCUGACCUGGUUCGGUCAUACGUUAAUGUGCAGGCCGGUACGGUAAACAGUUAGAUCGAUGUACUCUUAGCUGCCGCAACACGACAACUGCACGGUUCCAUUGUCUUGGCGUGUGACUAAUCCUUUCAAGCUUUGAUACGUGACCGUAAAGAUUUAAGUGUUUCCAAUCUAAAUAGUUCUGUUCUGUGAAUCAAGACAUCUAUUAUGGGACUACUAGGGCCCUCUCUGAGCUCCUGCAGACAGGAGACUGUGUAGAGUGCCAGUGAUGUUCACGGCGAUAGCAUACCAACUCUCCACAACAUUUUUAGAAGAGCAAAAGCGCAGCCGUCACCCCGCGAAGAUGUCGAAGAAGCCGGCGGCGCAGCCCACGCUGCACAAGGUGAUCAUGGUGGGCUCCGGCGGGGUGGGCAAGUCGGCGCUCACGCUGCAGUUCAUGUACGACGAGUUCGUUGAGGACUACGAGCCGACGAAGGCGGACAGCUACAGGAAGAAGGUAGUGCUCGACGGCGAGGAGGUCCAGAUCGACAUUCUGGACACGGCGGGGCAGGAGGACUACGCGGCGAUCCGGGACAACUACUUCCGCUCCGGCGAGGGAUUCCUCUGCGUGUUCUCCAUCACGGAGCCGGAGAGCUUUGACGCCACGCAGGAGUUCCGCGAGCAGAUCCUGCGCGUUAAGAACGACGAGAACAUCCCGUUCCUGCUGGUCGGCAACAAGUCGGACCUGGCGGACAAGCGGCGCGUGCCGCUCGACGCGUGCCGCGAGCGCGCCGCCGCCUGGCAGGUGCCCUACGUCGAGACCUCCGCCAAGACGCGCGACAACGUCGACAAGGUGUUCUUUGACCUGAUGCGCGAGAUCCGCUCGCGCAAGUCGGACGACAGUCGCGCGACCAACGGCGACGUGCGCGGCAAGAAGCGCAGGAAAAUCAAGUGCGCCAUCUUGUAGUGCGGCACCGCGCCGCCCGCGCCGCCGCCGCCGCCGCGCCGUCGCGUAGCAUUAAGUCUUAUUGCCCUGCGGAUAAGGGUCAUUGUCGAUAAGCGUUGUGUAAUGUACAGAUCAACCCGUGCGUGCGGCUGUAUACCGCUAAGAUACCGCUGCACGCAGUAUUAAUAAGGCUUACGUUGAUGGGGGCGAUUGUCGAUAUUGUUUAAGUCAUCGAAAAUUUGUAAAUCUUUUGCUAUUACCGACUCCACUGUUCUGUUUCGACUGGAAACGCACGGAUGGCCCGAAUUCGAUGGGUUUUAAUUAGUAAGAAUGUCGCUCGUGCUGUGUGUCGGUGACUCGGUGUUGUGCAAGUGUGUCUCGGCUAGAACGUUAUGUGCGUGUUGGUGCUGGUGGGAUACCGUUCCUGAUGCAGCGGCGUGGAGCUUGAAAUGACAAUGUAAAUAUUAAAUUUAGCAAAAAAAAAAAGCCAAAAAAUCAUUCCAGUUUUAGUCAUGUCCUCUAAUUAAAGAGUUUUUUAUAAAUUCAAAAUGAGAAUUGCAAUUUUUUCCCGCGUUGUCAUUUCAAGGUUACCACGGGUAUGUACGGACAGAAGUGAAUACAUUUUUUUAUUUAUAUUAACGCUUGCGCGAUUUGUAUGUACCACGGCCCCGUGUAGCGAUGUUGCCAACAGUUGUCCCAGAUUGUGUACGAUGAACACUCGACAAUAAAAAUAGUUUUUGUAAAGCAUGUCCCGGUUCGGUUCCACGCAGAGGCUUGACUUGCCGACCUUACUUAUGUGAAGUGGUAUUUAUUUUUGUAUCGUUAAGUGCCGUUUAGUUUAAGCGGGAGUUCGCGGCGUUUGAAGAUGUCGGAAGCUAUGUCAAAAAUGUAUUAUGGAAAAAAAAAUUAAAGUAUAUAAUAUAAAACUACCCACAAAGUUUUGAGAGCAUCUCCAAACGCCGCAAAUGGUGUGCACAGUUCACGGAAGGGUCUAUUUAGUAAUAUUCUCAAUUUUUAUGUUAGUUCUGGAUAGAUUGUGCUAUAUUCAGUUGUUUAUAUCGAAGACUUAACCGCCGUGCUAAGGCGCCCGUCUCGACUUUGCUCAAAUAAUAUAUUUGCUUGUGUUUGUUCGUAUUGUUUUAUGAAAUUAUGGGUGUCUAAUGUUUGUUUAUUAAACUGUAAUGAAAUUAUUCUGUUAUUGUCUCGUUUUUUGUGUUUUUUUUUUUUAAUUAAGGAGGAAAAAAGGGAGCUUUACGAAAGUUCAAUAUCUCAAUUGAGCGGUUUUUAUUAAUAUGAAGAUAUUUUUAACUAUAAAAUAACGAACUCACAGACGGGUGUUUUAAUACGGUUGGCUUUUUUUAAUACCAUCAUUUAUCGCUCCAUUCGCAAACGACCAAAGCAGUUUUAAAUUAAGAUAUUAAGGCUGAUAUUCGCUUGCACAAGCUUCGCUGCUUUGGUUUACUCGUGCCUCGUGUCUAUAUUGUAAAUCACUUUUCGUAUGUUCAGUAAUUGUCCAUACAUUUUUUAAUUAUAAUGUCAAAAUGCGAUUUCUCAAAUUAUUUUAUUUGAUAGUUUCGAUAUUAUUAUUUAAUAUUUAAUUGCGUCUGCAAUGAUUAAGUCCUAUCGUAGGUAAGUGUAGAUUCUAUAUAUUAAGGUCAUUAUACACUAAAUGUUUUUGUCCUUAUCUCGCUCUGAAUACUAAAAGCAUAUUUUAGUUAGUGACCAACAGCAUAAUGAAGAUUUUAUUUGAAGAGAAAGAAGAAAAGCUACUUUGACAAAUCAUCAAGCACCAGUUAUUUAAUUCAAUUCUUUGUAGAGCGAGACAAGCUUAAGUUUACUUGUAAUAAUAGGCUCAUAAACCAAGUUAUUUUUACUCUCGCUGUUAGAAGUAUAUUUUUUUAACGAGAUAUAGGAACUGCCAAACAAUUUUUUAGCUGUUCCUGUUUGAAAGAGUACACCAGAGAUCACAGAGAUCAGAUAACAUUUUACAAUUUAUAAAUCAAUUUAAAAUUUAUUUAGCAAAAUAAUAAUGAUUCCCCUCCAAUACGUUGUGUAUUGAGUAUUGGCUAAUAUUAUAUUAUAAAUAUAAUUACAUAUUUCAUUGUGAAUCCCGCCAAGUGUGGAGUUAAAAGAUACAGUUUCUCUGCAUUCUAUCAAGAUGUAUAUACAAUAUGUAAGAUUUUGUUAUUUGAGCAAAUGCCUUUCCAAAUAUCACAAUGCAAUCUUGAAUGUCUGUAUGUAUAGAGUUAGCGUAGGAUAAUAAAUUAUUGAUGUGUAUGUACGUACUGUAUAUGAGCACGUGAUAUGUUUAUAAAGAGAAGGCAAAAAUAUACUGAUUUGCAAAA